UUCCGUGUUUUUAAAUGCUCAGCUUACGUGUUGCCGUCUGCCGUACCGUCAGCCGCAACGGGGACGGUCACGUCCGUACACGCCACGCUCCUUCCAGCUACCGUCAUGAUACUGCAUUUCUGUGUCACGCCAUCAACCUGAAACUUCAUACUAAGUGACUGUCAGAAACGAAACUCAGGAUGCCAGCAGUGCCCACCCCGUUUCUUAGAGUUUGGCAGGCACACACACACACACACACCCACCGCGGAGAGGAGACUGAUCUGGCCACGCACAGCUUCUCACAUUUGACGCUUUCUCCUCCGAAAUGCAGUCCUCUCGGCACCACGGUGAUGACAGCGGACACAGUCUGGUGUUCUUUGACCUGGAGACCACAGGCUUGGAUGUCCCGACGUGUGACAUCGUCCAGAUGUCCGCGGUCUGCGGUGACGCAUCCUUCAACGUGCACAUGCUUCCGCGGCGCAGGAUGUCGCCGCAAGCCUCCAGGGUGACGGGCUUUACCGUGCAGGACGACGCGCUGCUUCUCCACGGUCGGCGCGUCGAGACGGUCUCCCGCCAGCGGGCGCUGAUCACCUUCGUCGACUUCGUGCGCUCCUUCAGCCGCCCCGUGCUGGUGGCGCACAACGCGUUCCGCUUCGACGCCCCCGUCCUGGCACGCGCGCUCAGGGAGUUCUGCCUCCAGAGCGAGAUGGAGCACGUGCUCUCCGGCUUCCUGGACACCUUCCUGCUCAGCAAGGAGCUGCUGGGGCCCACCGGGAUCAGGAAGUACUCCCAGGAGUACCUGGUGGAGCACUUCCUCAAGAAGUCAUACAGGGCCCACAACGCCCUGGAGGAUGUCAAGGCCCUGCAGGAGCUCUUCCAUCACUGGAACCCGGCGCCCAGCAUCAUCCGUAGGCACAUAUUCACCAUGGCGCAGCUCGAUGACCCCUUCUUUGCUCUGCCGUACCUCGGACCACGCCACCGUUUCUUUUUCCAGCUUUAGUAACGGCAAAAGUGCCAGUUUUCAAAUGAUGCCUUCUUGCCUUUGAGAAAAGGGAGUCUUGGAAUUUGUGUUCAUGUGUACGGAUGAUAGUUUAUGAAUCCAUUCGAAGUGCACAACCCUGUUUUAUACUGAAAAAAAAUAAAGUGUAUAAUAUGGGACAAAUGUUCCUCCCCUAA